AUGGUAACAACAAUAUGUUUGUAUAUCUACACAGUGUUGAAGAUUGGCCCACGCUUCAUGGCGAACCGAAAGCCCUACAAAAUCGAUGGUCUAAUGCAAAUCUAUAAUGUUGUACAAAUUUUAUUGAAUUCUUUUAUAUUCUAUGAAUUCUUUUGCAACACCAUUUUGAGAUCCGAUUUUAGUUUGACCUGUGAAGCAUAUAAUCCAGAGGAUAUGAGACCAGAAACAAUGAAAUUGGCAAGACCUGUUAUACUAUACGCUGUGUCAAAAUAUUUGGAUUGGUUUGAUACGAUCUUCUUUUUGUUGCGUAAAAAGUUCAAUCAAAUUAGUUUCCUGCAUGUCUAUCAUCAUUCCAUAAUGGUUGUAGCCAUCUACAUUUAUUCAUCGAAAUGUUUUGCUGCCCAAGGUACCUGCACAGGUUUGGUGAAUUCUUUCAUCCAUAUUGUCAUGUAUCUGUAUUAUCUGGUGUCAGCCUCAAAGCCCAAUAUCGAUUUACUACCAUGGAAAAAAUUACUAACUCAAAUGCAGUUGUUGCAAUUUUGCCUUGUGGCCGUACAAUUUGGUCUGCCCUUAAUUAAUAAUUGGUGUGGCCUAAACGAGCUGGGAUUGUGGAUUGUCUUUUUGCAAAAUUUGUUUAUGAUAGCCUUAUUUUCAAAUUUCUAUUACAAAGCUUAUAUACGACCUACAAAGAAAACAGAAACGAAAGCGCAAUAA